UUAACUAAUAGUACCAGUGAAAUAUUUUCCAUAAAAUCCUAGAUCCCAACUUUACCAAGAAAAGGAAAAAAAAGAAAAGAAAGGAGGACAUCAAAUUUCUAUUGUCAUUUUGCUUUCUCAUUAAUGAAUCUUUGUUUUUCCACGACACUUCCUAUGACAGAAUCCAUGUGGGUAAUAACCUUUGUCUCUGUAGUUUCACAAGGUCAUUUUCGUCAUUCCGCAUUACACCAUCCACGACGCAACUCCUGAUUUAAUAUCCCGCCAUCUCCCUUCCUUUACCUUUGUUUUUCUCUCACCCUAACCCACGAACACACAAAAAAAAAGCAAAAAAAUGAAAGCUGCCAACAAAACAAAACUGAAAACAUAAGUUUUAGAAAGAGAAAGAAAAAAAAGACAAAAAGAGAGUUAUAGUGUUUAGAUUCUUUGGCUAAUCCGAGUAUGGCAAGCGGGUGGGUCAAAUCCUUGCAAUGCAAAUCGAGAGCAUUCGAAGAUGUUUAUCACCCCAAUCCGAAGCAUUUGAUAUCUGGUUCCAGUUGUAGACGAAGUUCCCAGAGUAUCAAAGACGUCAUUGAAACGACCAACAAAAAGCCCAACAAAUCCAAGCCGAAACCCAACCCUAAACUGCUUCCGAGGUCCAGCAGCAAACCCGAACCGGAUUUGAAUAACCCUCCGCCUCAACCUCGCCGGAGUAAUUCUACCCCUGCACGUCCCGUUCGGAACCCUGAUCUUGUCCUGCCAGCAUUGACCGAGCUGCCCGAGGGUCACCCUUCGAGGAAUGUCGUGGAGAUUAUUUUUCAUACGAGUUGGAGUCCCAAGGUUUUCACGGGUCGGAUUGAGAUGAUUUUUAAAGUUCAAAAUGGACCGAGGACAGUGACGCGGUUCGAAGAGUAUCGAGAGAUGGUCAAGACUCGCUCCGGCUCGGGUUCGGGUGGUACCGCUUCAGCUGACGAGGAAAAUGCGAGGUGCGUCGCGGACGGGAACGAGGUCAUGCGGUUCCAUUGUUUGGGUCCCACUUCGGGGAACUGCGGGAUGAACGAUACGUGGCUAUUUUCCGGCGGUAAAGGUGCGGCGAUUUGCACGUAUUCAGGGAGUGGCGGGGCCCACGAGAGCGCGGGAGGUGCAAGGGGGAGGAGGGCAAUGUUAGUUUGCCGUGUUAUCGCUGGUCGAGUCUCGAAGCGGGUGGGGUUCGGGUACGAGUCGUUGCUGGAUGGUCGAGCUGGAUAUGACUCAGUGAGUGGGGACAACGGCGAGUUGCUCGUGUUUGAUCCACGUGCGGUGUUGCCUUGCUUUCUUAUUAUCUACAAAUUGUAAAAAUAGUGGAAAAAAACCUCUUUUUUUUUUAUUUUCCUUUUAUAUGUUUCUUUAAUAUUUUUUAUGAGGUCAUCGUCUUUGUUGCAUUUAUCAACACAAUUUUGUUUCUUUCUUUUUGGGGUUCAAUUUUUUUUUUUUUGGGGUUUCUUUUUGAUAAUUUUCCGGUGAUUAUUAUUAGUAAAAAAAAAAUUGGGUUGUUAAAUGCUAAUUGAUCAAGUUACCUAACUGUUUCUUUUGUACUUGAAUUGUUGCUAACUCAUCAAUUAACACAAUUUACCGUUUGGCGUUUGCAUUUGUCCUUUGCUCUUUAUUGCUGUGAAAUUGGAUUCUUUGAAUUAGUGCUGUUUACUGUUUAAAUCAUUUUGUCAUUUGGUGGGAUUUUCAAAAUUGUUGACCUUAAUAAUGAAGAAAAUUGAUUUGAUAUCAAAUAGGUGAUAAUUAUGGUGGUUGUGGAAGUUUCGAAUAGAAUUUUCAAGUUUGGUUCAAGCCAUUGCUAGGCCAACAGGUACUCACCAAUUGUUUCUGGUGUUGAUGUGUUUUUGUUCAUCAAGAAUUACAGGGUUGUAGAUUGAGAAACGAAGUAUAAUACUAGUAAUAAUGUUUUGGGGGACCAAAAAGAACGUACAAUGAUGAUUUAGGACCCAAGAAUUGAUGGUAAUCUGCAAUUGGAUACUAAUUAUUCUCAUUGGGAAAAAGUGGGUCGUUAGUUCAUGAUUUUGUUAAGAAAAGAGAAGGGAGAAACAAUGCUCGGGCUUUUCAGGGUUAUGGUUCCAAAUUCAAAGAUGUUCUAACUUUUUUGUUUUGCUUGUCUCCAUCAAUAGUUCUUGAUUAAAACCUGAAUUUGAUGUGUACUUUAAAGCAUAUAUGAAUAAAUUUUUCCUGGUUUUUGUUGUUAAUCUGAAACUAGUUUAGUUUUAUCUUUUUGUCUCAUUCUAAAACCCAGAAGUAUGUCAAAGAAUAGUCGACCCUGAAUGGUGGUAUUAUCAGAAAUGGAAGAAACAAAAAUUAACUGCAAUUCCCACCAACUUUUGUUCUUUAUAUAUUUACUUCCCUUGGGGAGAAAAUGAAAGGUUAACAGGUGGCAUACAGUCACAUCUUUGAUGGGCACUUAAGAGCCUCGUGCCCCAUUGUCCUCCUCUUUGCCAUCGGUGAUCUAAUUCAAGAAGUGGGAUGAGCGAGUAAACAGAUAGGAAAGACAUUGUUUCUGAAAUUUCUU